GCUCUCAUUUUGACAUUUUAUUGAUCUAGGAACUGGUAAGAAAAAACCAGGUCGAUAGCUCUGGGACAAGGUAUGGUACAUCUCUUUUGAGAGAGAGAGAGAAAGAGAGAGAGAGAGAGAGGGGAGGGAAUGAGGGGAAGAGGGAGAAGUCCAGUUUUAAUUGGGUUGGCGUUGGUAAUGGUUUUGGGUAUCGCCGUCUACUCCAGGCUUUGGGUUAUCGACUACAGAAUCUCUUCCAACGAGGCCGAAUUAUUGAGAAGACAGUUCGAUUCGGCUAACAGAGAGGCAAUGGAGGAAUCUGCAGAAUGGAGGCUGAGAUAUGAUGAUGAGGUCGUAAGGUCAAGGAAGUGUGCUGCUGAACUAAUUGAGAUGAAGAAGUCUCUAAAGACGAAGGUGGAGGAUGCUAGCAUUAAUGGGAAAUUGGAAAUGCUACAGAAGGAAAAUAUGGACUUGCUUCAAAGAGUGGAGUCCUUAAGACAAGAGCUCGAAGGUGAGAAGUUGAAGUGCAAUAAACAGUAGAUAGAGCUGUCUUUGGAAGAUUGAGUAUGCAUCACACAUUGGAAAAUUGUACUCGAGUAAGGGAACAAUCAGAUUGUUAAACGACCAUAUAUACUUUUGAAGCACAAUUUUUUACUUGGCCAGAGGUACGUGCAAGGGGUGGUAAUUUGUUGUAUGACUGCAUUGAUUUGGACAAAAGUAGGUGCAUGCUUUUUGCUUAAGCCACCCAUAUGAAGCCCUUCUGUUUAAGUUUCAGUUCGACUGAGGGAGUUUUUUUUUCCCUGUUUGGAUUUUCUUCAUUAGUGCCAUUGGUAAAAAUUCAAGUUGUUAUCAUCAAA